UGCUAAUUACAGUACCUGUACCUGAAAAGCCCAGGAAGAGGAGCAGGAGGACAGCACAAGAGUCAGAGAUGGCACUCCCUCAGGCACAGUUGUCAUUUAGGGACGUGGCCAUAGAAUUCUCUAAGAAGGAGUGGAAAUACCUGGAUCCUGCUCAGAGGGCUUUGUACAGGGAGGUGAUGUUGGAGAACUACAGGAACCUGGCCUCUGUGGGUGAGAAUGAGUUUUCUCCAGAAGUUGGGAUCUACCCUCGUGUGUCUGUUUUUGUACCUUGUACUUCUUUUGGGUCCCUGCACUACUUGAAAAGACUGAAGCCAGGUAUGUAUAAGAGAACUAGAAGACCAGCCUGUGAGCCCUGGACUGUGGACAACCACGAGCAAAUAAUAGAGACACUAAAUGGACAGGAAUGGACCAAAGAUGUUAUCAUAGAUAGCUCUCAAAAAUAUGUUAAGGAAUUACCAGCAAAAGGCAAUAGUAAUUCAGGAGAGCUAUUGGAAAGAAUAAUGUUAGAAGGACAUAAACCUCAUGAUAUUGAAGAGUUUUCCUUUAGGGAAGUCCAGAAAAAUACACAUGCCUCUGUGUGUCAGUGGAGAGAUGAAGAAAGACAUUACAAAAGAAAUCUCACUGAAAGAAGAGACUAUCACAGAAGAAGGGAUGUGGGAAACACAACUGUUAAAAAUCAGCUUGGAUUAAGGUUUCAGUCACAUCUGCCUAAGGCACAGGUAACUCAAUGUAAAGGCGAAACGUAUGAAUGUAAUCAAGUUGAGAAGUCUAUCGAUGAAGUUUCUUUAUUUUUACCAAACCAGAAAAUUGCUUCUAAUGUCAGAACCCACAGUGUUGGUAAAUGUGGGAAUACUUCUAUGGGUUCUUCAUUCUUCACACAAAAACAGAAAGAGAGGACAGAUUCUUUCCAGUGUACUCAGUCUGGCACAACUUUUAAUGGAGACUCACACUUCACUGUACAUCAGACAGUUCUUACAAGAGGGAAACCAUAUAAAUGUGAUUUUUGUGGAAAGGACUUUAGUCAAAAAUCAAACCUUGCCUGUCAUCGUAGAAUUCACACUGGGGAGAAACCUUACAAAUGUAAUGUGUGUGGCAAAGCAUUUAAUAAUGGCUCACACCUCAUUUUACAUAAAAGAAUCCAUACCAGAGACAAACAAUAUAAAUGUGAUGUUUGUGACAAAGUAUGUAUCCAGAAGGCAAAUCUUGCACGACAUCGUAGAAUUCACACUGGAGAGAAACCUUUUAAAUGUAAUGAAUGUGCUAAAGUUUUUAGACAAAAUUCAACCCUUACAGAACAUCAGAAAAUUCAUACUGGGGAGAAACCUCAUGAAUGUAAUGAAUGUGGCAAAGUCUUCCGUCAGUCUUCAACCCUUGUCAGUCAUCAAAGAAUUCACAGCGGAGAAAAACCUUACAAAUGUGAUGAAUGCGGCAAGGUUUUUAGGAGCAAUUCAGAGCUUACUAAACAUCAGAGAACUCAUACUGGAGAGAAACCUUACAAAUGUAAUGAGUGUGGCAGGGCAUUUAAUGAACGCAAAAGCCUUACUGACCACCAGAAAAUACAUACUGGAGAGAAACCUUACAGGUGUAGUGAGUGCGACAAAGUCUUUCGUCUGUCUUCAAUUCUUGCAGUUCACCAGAGAAUCCAUACUGGAGAGAAACCUUACAAAUGUGACGUAUGUGGAAAGGCCUUUAGUCGCAGUUCACUCCUUGCACAACAUCGAACUAUUCAUACUGGAGAGAAAUCUUACAAAUGCAAUGACUGUGACAAGGUCUUCAGAGUGUUGUCAAGCCUUAGGAGUCAUCAGAAAAUUCAUACUGGAGAGAAACCGUACAAAUGUAAUGAAUGUGGUAGAUGUUUUCGUCAUAAUUCACACCUUGUAGAACAUACGAAAACUCAUACUGGUGAGAAACCUUACGAAUGUAGUGAGUGUGGCAAACUCUUCCGUCAGUCUUCAACCCUUGCAUAUCAUCAGAAAAUUCAUACUGGAGAGAAACCGUACAAAUGUAAUGAAUGUGGCAAGGUCUUCAGGAGCAAUUCACAUCUUGAGCAACAUCGCAGAACUCAUACUGGAGAGAAACCUUACAAGUGUAGUGAAUGUGACAAAGCAUUUAUUCUCCAUAGACACCUUAUUAACCACCAAAGAAUCCAUACUGGAGAGAAACCUUUCAAAUGUAAUGAAUGUGGCAAAGUCUUUCGUCAGCCUUCGAACCUUGCUAUUCAUCGGAAUAUUCAUACUGGAAAGAAACCACACCAGUGUAAUGAAUGUGGCAAAGUCUUUAGUAGCAAUUCACACCUUGCAGAACACCGGCGUAUUCAUACUGGAGAGAAACCUUACAAAUGCAAUGAGUGUGGGAAAGCCUUUAGAGUGUCUUUUAGCCUUACUAACCAUCUAGCAAUUCAUACGGGGAAGAAACCUCAUCAAUGUAAUGAAUGUGGCAAGUUCUUUAGGCACGCUGUAGACCUUGCACGUCAUGGCAGAAUUCACAGUGGAGAGAAACCAUUCAAAUGUAGUGAGUGUGGCAAAGUCUUUCGUCAGUCUUCUGCUCUUUCAUGUCAUCGGAGAAUUCAUACUGGAGAGAAACCUUACAAAUGUGAUGAAUGUGGCAGAGUCUUUCGUCUGUGGUCAAUGCUCUCAGUUCAUCGGAGAACCCAUACUGGAGAGAAGCCAUACAAAUGUGACAAAUGUGGCAAGGAUUUCAGUCGCAGUUCACUCCUUGCACAGCAUCAGACUAUUCAUACUGGAGAGAAAUCUUACAAAUGCAAUGACUGUGGCAUUGUCUUUCGUCACUAUUCAACCCUUUCACGUCAUGGGAAAAUUCAUACUGGGGAGAAACCUUACAAAUGUAAUGAAUGUGACAAGGUCUUUCGUCGCAAUGCACAUCUUGUACAACAUGAGAAAAUUCAUGGAGCGAAACUUUGCUAAGGUAAUUAAUGUGACUUCGUCUCCGAUGAUCAUACCUUGCAAAGUCUUGGAGAAUUCAUUUUGGAGAAAAAUCUUCCAUACGUAAUGAAUGGUUAAAACUUUUAACUUUCUUUGUUGGCUUUUACCAUCAAUGCAUCCAUAGUGAAGAGAGCUGUUACCAGUGUUAUGGAUGUGGCAAGGCCUUAAGGCAGAAGUCUGAUAGUCUUCACUGGAGGGUUUAUGCUAUAUGAGCCCUCACAUAUGUAAUGGAUGUGCCUGAUCUCUUAAUGUACACUCAGCCCUCAUAAGGCAUUAAGUAAUUUGUACUGGUGAGAAAUCUUACAGAUGAAGUAAGCAUGGCCAAUCCUUUAGUAUGUUUUCCCAGCUCUCCAGACAUUGGGUAAUCCAUAAUGGAGAGAAA